AUGGCGAAACAGUCGUGGAAGCCCUUGUGGCUUUCUCUUCUCAUUCUCCCCCUUGCACAAGCCAAAUCGUUAUGGUCCAUCGGCCCUGCAGACAGCGGUGACACAAUUCGCACCGCGUAUCCUCUCGGCAACGGGCGUCUCGGCGCCCUGCACCACGGACUUCCGCUCGCUGAGAUCCUCACGCUCAACGUCGAUACCCUCUGGUCCGGCGGUCCCUUCGAAGUAUCCAACUACACGGGCGGCAAUCCGCUCUCCGCCGUUUCUGGCAAUCUGACAGGGAUCCGAGACUGGAUAUUCACGAACGGCACGGGGAAUGUAACGGCGUUAUUGGGCGAUGAUCGAUUCUACGGGAGCUAUCGCGUCUUGGGGAACCUCAGCAUCACGAUCCCAGAGCUUGCGGGCCGGAAUGCGCCUGUGACGGGGUAUAAGCGGAGCUUGGAUCUGGUGGAAGGCGUGCAUACGACAACGUUCCACGUUGAUGGACAGAAAGUGCAGACUAGUGCGUUUUGCUCGUUUCCGGAGCAGGUUUGCGUGUAUGCGAUUCAAUCGUCGAAGCGUCUACCGCCGCUGGAAGUGCGUCUUGACAAUGAUCUCGUUGAGCCGGAGCUGCAGAACGUUACUUGCUUUGAUGGACAAGCCUAUCGGAACGACACGGCCCAUGUGCGCCUGCAAGGUGUGACUCAGCUCGGUCUGCCGGAAGGUAUGCGUUACGAUUCGAUUGCGCGCGUUGUGUCUGGCUCGCAUGUCCAAACGACCUGUCAGAGCGGUACUCUCAGCAUCGCGAGCGGGAAUGGUACAAAGAGUAUCGCUAUCGUUGUCGGAGCAGGAACGAAUUACGACCCCAAGAAGGGCACCGCGGAGUUUGACUACUCUUUCAAAGGCGAGGAUCCAGGACCGAGUGUUGAAGCUACCACACGAGCCGCUGCUGCAAAGACUUUUGACUCGCUACAAAAGAGUCACGUCAAAGACUUCACAUCUUUUACCGGCCGCUUUUCACUCUCACUCCCCGACCAUCUGAACUCUGCAGACACUCCGACAUCCGAGCUCAUCGCACGCUACAACUCGAAUGAUACCGUCGGCAACCCUUUCCUGGAGAGUCUCUUGUUCGACUAUGCGAACUACCUGUUCAUCUCAGCCUCCCGCCCCGGCUCCCUCCCGCCCAAUCUUCAGGGACGAUGGAGCGAAGGUCUCGGCGCUGCAUGGUCAGGCGACUACCACGCAAACAUAAACCUGCAAAUGAACCAUUGGACGCCCGAUCAGACCGGGCUGACGGACUUGCAGUCGCCGUUGUGGGACUACAUGGCCGAAAACUGGAUUCCGCGCGGUCAGGAAACGGCGAAGUUGCUUUACGCCGCGCCAGGCUGGGUAGUCCACAACGAGAUGAAUAUAUUCGGGCAUACCGGGAUGAAGAGCGGAGAGUCCUGGGCACAUUACCCCGCCGCUGCUGCUUGGAUGAUGCAACAUGUUUUCGACCACUGGGACUACUCCCAGGAUGAGGAGUGGUUGCGAGCCCAAGGCUACCCCAUGUUGAAGGGUGUUGCUGAGUUCUGGCUGAGCCAGCUGCAGGUCGAUGAGUUCUCGAAGGACGGAACGCUGGUCGUCAAUCCUUGCAGCAGUCCCGAGCAUGGGCCGACGACAUUCGGGUGCGUGCAUUACCAGCAACUGGUUCAUCAAGUGUUCGAAGCCAUCCUCUCGAUGGAAUCCGCAGCCGGCGAAGGCGACGAAGCCUUCGUGGCGAACGUGACCAGCUCGCUCACCAAGCUGGACAAGGGCUUCCACAUCGGCGAAUGGGGCCAGAUCAAGGAGUGGAAGUUGCCCGACUCUUUCGGCUACGACUUCAUCAACGACACGCAUCGCCACCUCUCCGAGCUCGUGGGCUGGCAUCCAGGCGCCAGCCUUUCGUCCUUCCAGGGUGGCUACAGCAACGCCACGAUCCAGGACGCUGUCGCGCAAAAGCUGUACAGCCGCGGCGAAGGCACCGGCCCGGAUGCAAACGCAGGCUGGGCCAAGGUCUGGCGGUCGGCGUGCUGGGCCCGGCUCAACAACACCGAGCGAGCGCACUUCGAGCUGCGCUACGCAAUCGACACCAACUUUGUCGCCAAUGGCUUCUCCAUGUACUCUGGCACCAACACGCCGUUCCAGAUCGAUGCGAACUAUGGCCUCGGCGGGGCUGUGCUCAGUAUGCUCGUUGUCGACUUGCCCAGCGCGUUUGGUGACAGGAAGACUAGAACUGUGGUCCUCGGUCCUGCGAUCCCGGUGGCUUGGGCUGGUGGGAAUGUCAGAGGCCUUGCACUGAGGGGUGGCGGUUCGGUUGACUUUGAGUGGGAUGACGCGGGCAUCGUGACCAAGGCGACGGUCAAGAGCCGCAAUGCUCCGUUACGCAUUGUGAACAAGGAGGACAAGGUUCUCAUAGAGAUGUGA